AUGACCCCUAAAUUAUAUAAAGACGAAGAGGCAUUAAUUGCAAAUACCUCAACGCGUGCCAACACAAAAAAAAACCGAAUUUUAGCAAAUUAUCGCGUGAAUAUGGAGUGUCUCGCAAAAAACUAUCCCGUCGAUCAAGAAAAAGCGCUUAUUCUAUGGAUUGAGUAUCUAGAUAAUAUAGGGGCACCCCCUACGAACGAGCAAAUUGAGGAAAGUGCGAAUUAUUUGCUCGCUAAAGAUUUCACUGAUCCGGGAGAGCCUCCCCGCGCCGGAAAGAUGUGGAUAUACAAUUUUCUCAACCGCUUGCCAGAAAAGUACGUGAGAAUAGUUCAGAAACCUCAAGAGAGGGAUUGGACUACUGCAGAGCAUUACAAUGAGAUUGAGCGCUGGUUUAUUGACCUUAAAAUCGCCAUACAAGAGCUCAAAAUUGUCCCUCAAAAUCUUUGGAACUUUGACGAGACCGGAUUCAUUGUUGGAAAAGGAAAAGACGAAGCUGUAGUAACAGCAUAUCCAAAAGAUUCAAAAGGAGUCUCUAGCCUGUCAUCACGAGAAUCAAUUACCGUCGUUGAAGCUAUAAACGCCGAAGGAAAGAUUAUACCACCUUUAUUGAUUCCAAAGGGUGAAAAUCACAUGGAGGAAUGGUAUCGGCAUAUACAAGAUGAUGAGUGGCUAAUUGCACCUGCUAAAAAUGGAUUUAUCACAGAUGAGAUCGCAUUUGAAUGGCUUCAACAUUUUCAACACUAUUCCAAGCCGGAUUGGUCAUCGGAAUGGCGAUUACUUCUUAUGGAUAGUCAUACAACUCAUCUUACUAUUCAGUUCGUCCAAUACUGUGAAAUUUACCACAUUCGACCGUUCCGUUUUCCUCCUCAUUCUACGCACUUUUUGCAAUCGCUCGAUGGAGUGCCUUUUCAGCAAUAUAAACAUGUUCAUGGAAGAGUUGUGAAUAAGGUUGCACGUCUGGAUGCCUCAUAUGGGGAUACAUUAAAAAUUUACGGCGAGCCGGAUGACACUAUUCCCAGCUCACCAACUACAAAAUCAAUCUCUCCGCCUUCAAGCGUUGCAAAACUACGUCGCUAUAUCAAUAAGAUUGAGAAAUUAGUUGACGGUAUAAAGGAUAUCCUUGACAGCGCAAGCCCAGGCCUCUCACGUCGUAUAAAAGUGAUUAACCAAGGCAGCCUCACUUUAGCCGAAUUAGGCGAACUACACCGUGAGAGCUUUAUAAAGGUUCGGGAUACAGCAAAACGUAAGCAGCAAAAAAAUACAAAACGACAAGUCAAGGUGAUGGGUGCGCUUUAUGUGAAAGAUGCGAAUUGUCUCAUAAAACGCCGUCAUGAGGGUGAUUUGUUGAGGAUUCAUAAGAGCCAUAUCCUCGGCGUGGAAGAACCGGAGCAACAGGAGGCUCCAACAGAGCCUGAAAACUUGGGGUAUUUUAUUGAUACUCAGGGAAAUAGGUAA